GCAACGAAAUCGACAAAACGUCUCAAAUUUCCCAGAAAUAUCAGAACGAAAGAAAUCUAUGUGAAUAUUCGACACAAAUAUUAUUUUCCUAUGAAUUAUGUCGAAAAAUAACGAACCAAUGAUAUGUACCAGAAAUUCAAGUUAUCAUAUCGAUUAUGGCGUACCAAUAGUGGCCAAUAAAAGUACAGAUUAUAGGACAACAACAAGCUCUUUUCACGAUGGAAUGCCAUCGAAUCCAGACGACUUCGAUUGUAGAGUCAAGGUCAACUUAAGGGAUGAUUGGAGAUUUACAGAUGUCGCUCUGAAGAAUUCUACAUAUGAGAGUAUCAAUAGGGAAGAUUUCGUAACAAAGUACACACAAACAAGAGUAUGCGAUAGUUAUAGGAAGGCACCAAGGAAAAACAAAGAUUAUACCAGAACUAUAGAAGAGAGCAUGUUCGCCCAUCCACCAAGGCCAAUAACACCGAAAAUAUCAGAGAUGAAAGACAAUUUCAGGAUCAACUAUGCAAACCUAGAUGCUAGGGAAGUUAUAGCACCAGCAAUUUCGGCCAUUUGUCCUGUUCAAGGACUUGGAAGGGACGAGCAACCGCCAGUAAGACCUGAAAAUCCUGGUUUCUGGAAAUGGUUGGAUCCUUACAUGACGACAAACAAAUGCAUGCACAUCCAGUUCAGUAAAAAUCAACGCAAGGAUGCCAAGAAAGAUUUUCCCACUUACUACAACACCAAUGGAAAAUGGCCGGGAUUCAAUGAAGUCUUACCUCCUGCAAGUGGAAAUAAGACUAUUAUAGAUCACAUUCCUUUCAAGCACCAAUUUCCAAACAGAAAUCUACCGAAGUUGGUGCAGAGGGUUCCUCAUUCAGGAAUCACAUCGGAAUACUCUUCAAACUAUCAAAUCAACUCUAAAUCUAAUCUGGCGCCUUAUAUCCAGGCUCCUGGUGAAGAAUUUCCUGAGGCUUUAACUGGAGCAUCAGCUUGGCAGAACCUUGCAGCGCCUGGCAUGUACUGUACAGAAUAUUGUCAGUUGGGUACAUCUAGAUCAGCAAGAAAUAUCAUAGCGGUAGAUAAGCCAAAGCCCCUUGUUAUACAUAAACCAUGCCGUUUCAAAUUCACUGAUAGUUACAAGUGCUGAUUUGUUAGUUGAAAUAAGAGAAUAGGUGAUUGAAUAAAUGCUAUGAAUCACUAUGAA